AUGCCUAGAGGCACAACUCGUAAGAGGCGGAGAUCGAGGGCUGUUAAAGGUGAAUCCAGCGCCGAGGAUAGCGAUGUCUCAUCCGGGGGCUCGACCCCGAUUGAUGAAGACUCUUCGUCAUCAUCCUCUGCCUUGAGAGAAGUCUACAGUGACAGCAAACUUCCGUCCCGGCAGUUCUGGAUGGCGAUUUCCCCGAUAAAAGCGAUGGAACUCUCCGGAUACUGUUUCAGACAUGGUCGUCCGUGGGCAUUAGCUCACCUAGCGAACCUCUUGGGCAGUGGAAAUUGGAUUCUUGGGUUCAUUCCUCCGUUCAGAGCACAUCUGUUCUGCGCUCUUCACUACAAACUCGACCGAAAACUCAUGUCCGACUUCGCUGUGAGCGUACUGCCAAUCGAUCAGAGGAUACGAUGUCUCGCAGCCCUCGAGCUUCUGAUGAUCAUGAUGCAACACCCCGAGAUGACCCACGAGUUUGAAGUUCUGACAAGAUACGCAGACAAACAUCUAUUCACCAAAGAAGAAGGAAACGAAGCUAGUCCCCUCCUUGCUGUAUUCAUGGGCUACAUCGCGGCGCUUCACAUCCGAGAGUUCGUGAAAGCUCAACGAAGGGAUGACGAGGUACUCGUGGAGUUUCAAGAGGCCAAUUUCGAAGACCAGCGCUCGAAAAUAAGACAGUAUCUCAAGGCCGCGCUCAGUGUCCCUAACGUGGCUGGCGACGUUUUCCUAGACGUUGCGCGGUAUUAUUCAACACUCGACGAAGAGCUCAAUUUCGAUCAGCUCUUGAAGUCCUACAUUAAUCGGAACCCGGAGCAUCUGACAGGAUUCUUGUUCUAUCACGAGGUGCUUCGUCGACGAGUGGACGCUGAUGGCAAGGUCCGGCAAUUAGCUACGAUGCGGAAGAUCAUUCAAAUUUCACCGGGGGACGAGGUGGUCCUUGAGUACGCGGAGAAUAUUCUUUCCUUGGGGGAAGUCGCGGAUAUCAAGGACGUCGCCAUGCGUCUUGCUCAGUAUCUCGAUCACUGGGAUCGCAGACGGUGCCUGAAGGGAUGGACUCUGAUAUGUUCUGCCCUGAUUUAUGCGAGGAAAUACCGGAAAACGGUCGACGUGAUGACGCAGAGGAACUAUUGGUGGAACUAUCAUUUUGUCCGCGCAGAAAUUUUUGACGUUGUCGAUAUGCUCAAAGCUUUCUUUGUGAUGAUUGUAACUCAAGAUUUAAAUGGAUAUGCUGCUUCAGUGCGACAAAAUGCCGCAGAUAGAAACGAUUCACGCUUCGAAGCGAUUUUGAAUCUUCUGAACGAUGUGGAGUCGUUUGAUCAUCGAAGAUUGGCCAAGCUCCUGAGAUGAUGAUUUCCGCAGAUAUGGAGGUCCUCUAUGGGGAUUAGUUUGGGAAUUUCUGGCUUAUCGAUAUCACUCGUGCAUUUCUGUGAAUAAAAGCAUAUUUUUCGGGCAG